AUGGCCGCCACGAAGCACUCUCUGGCCGACAGUGAGGUCGAGCACAACGGUGCCGCCGAGACUUCCCGCCCCAACAAGAAGCAGAAGGUCAAGGACCUCCCUGCCGGUGGCGAUGUCGACAGCGACGAGGCCGCGGAGCUGAAGAAGCAGAAGAAGAAGGAGAAGAAGGAAAAGAAGGAGCGCAAGAAGGAGAAGAAGGAGAAGAAGAGCAAGGACGAGGCCGCCGCCGAGGACAAGAUGGAUGUGGACGAGGAUGAGGACAAGGCCGAGAAGAAGAGGCUGAAGAAGGAGAAAAAGGAGAAGAAGAAGAAGGAGAAGGAGGCUGAGAGCAACGGCGCCAGCGAAAAGGCUGCUACUACUCCUGCUGCUGCUGCUGCUACCGGACCUGCCGUCGCCGCAGGCACAGAGUACCAACAGUCUGAGGCCCUGAGCGGCCUUGCCCAGUCCGACGUCGACUCCUUCUUGACGGCCGAGGCCAUCACCGUCACCGACCCCACAAACAAGACCUCCCACCUCAGGCCGAUCCUUGAAUUCUCCUACCUCCCCCAGACCGAGCUGAUCCGCAAGAACCCCUUCUCCUCCUACAAGAAGCCGACCCCCAUCCAGGCGGCCUCCUGGCCCUUCACCCUGUCCCGCCGCGACGUCAUCGGUGUUGCCGAGACUGGUUCCGGCAAGACCAUGGCCUUUGCCCUGCCCCUCGUCGAGGCCAUCUCCCCCAUCAAGAAGCGCGGCAUCAAGGCCGUCGUCGUGUCGCCGACGCGCGAGCUGGCCAUGCAGACCCAGGAGCAGCUGGAGCACGUCGCGUCCCUCGUGGGCCUCAAGUGCGUGUGCAUCUACGGAGGUGCGUCCAAGGAUGACCAGCGCGCGCUGCUCAAGCGCGGCGCGGACGUCAUCGUCGCCACGCCUGGCCGUCUCAAGGACUUCAUGGCCGACGGCACCAUCGAGCUCGGUCAGACCCGCUUCGCCGUCCUCGACGAGGCCGACCGCAUGCUCGACAAAGGUUUCGAGGAGGACAUCAAGGAGAUCCUCGGCAGCAUGCCGCCCCGCGAGGAGCGCCAGACCGUCAUGUUCACGGCGACGUGGCCCGCUUCGGUGCGCAAGCUCGCCGAGUCCUUCAUGGUCGACCCCAUCAAGAUCACCAUCGGCUCCAGCGGCAAGGAGACGGCCAGCGGCGCCGUCGAGCUCCAGGCCAACACGCGCAUCACGCAGCGCGUCGAGGUCGUCGAGCCCCGCGCCAAGGAGCAGAGGCUGCUGCAGCUGCUGAAGCAGCACCAGCAGGGCAGCAAGAAGAACGACCGCAUCCUCGUCUUCUGCCUGUACAAGAAGGAGGCCACGCGCGUCGAGGGCUUCCUCCAGCAGCGCGGCAUCCGCGUCGCCGGUAUCCACGGUGAUCUCCGCCAGGAGCAGCGCACCCGCAGUCUCGAGGCCUUCAAGUCCGGCGCCACCCCCGUCCUGGUCGCCACCGAUGUCGCUGCCCGUGGUUUGGAUAUCCCCGAGGUCAAGUUGGUCAUCAACGUCACCUUCCCCCUGACCAUCGAGGACUACGUCCACAGAAUCGGCCGAACUGGCCGUGCCGGCAAGACCGGCGAGGCCAUCACGCUCUUUACCCAGCAGGACAAGGCGCACUCCGGAUCUUUGAUCAACAUUCUCAAGGGCGCCAACCAGCCCGUCCCCGACGAACUGUUCAAGUUCGGCACCACCGUCAAGAAGAAGACUCACGACACCUACGGUGCCUUCUUCAAGGACGUCGACAUGACGAAGAAGGCGACCAAGAUUGUUUUUGAUGAUUAA